AAAUCGAUAAAGUUGUCAAAGGUGAUCCAUUCGUUCAUUCAUUCACAGGCUAUUAGCUCAACACACCGACCCACCAAAAAACAUUCCCCCUUUUCGUUUUUCUGCAACGCCUUUCGAGAAAAAAAACAAAAGCCAUACCAACACUACCAUCAUUUCUCUCUCUUUCUCUUUCUCUUUCUCUUUCUCAGAGAGAGUGUACUCUCCUUUUUUCUUUGAAUCCCUCAUAUCGAUCUCUUCAUCUAUCCAUGGACACAGCUCAGUGGCCACAGGAGAUUGUGGUGAAGCCAAUAGAAGAGAUAGUUGUGGGAACAAACACAUCAUCAUGUCAUCAAUCAAAACCACCAUCUUCUAAUAAUCUUGCAUCAGAGAAUAAUAACAACAACAAUACCAUCAAGAAACCAAGGCCACAGAAAGAGCAAGCCCUAAACUGUCCAAGGUGCCAUUCAACAAACACAAAGUUCUGUUACUACAACAACUACAGCCUUACACAACCAAGGUACUUCUGCAAGACUUGUAGAAGGUACUGGACUGAAGGUGGGUCCCUUAGGAACAUCCCUGUUGGUGGUGGAUCCAGAAAGAACAAGAGAUCUUCUACUUCAAUAUCAUCAUCACCGUCACCGCCUUCACCCAACAAGAACAUUAAGCUUAUUGGUAAGGUAGUCCAUCAAGGCCAAGAUCUGAACUUGGCUUUUCCGUCUGAUUUGGUUGUUCAUCAACAAAACAAUAACAACAACAAUAAUACUCUUUCUUCUUCUUCUUCUUCUUCAACUAUUACUAGUACUGUUACUACUACUACUACUACUACACCACCCUCUUCUACUACUCAAUUCUCAGCAAUGGAGCUUCUUACUGGGAUCACUUCAGCAAAUUCAAGAGGGGGUUUGGGUUUGAACUCUUUCUUGCCUCAUCAUCCACCUGAUCCAAACACAGUGCUGUACAAUAAUAGUACUUUUGCUCUUCAGGAUUUCAAUAAGACAGCAGGAUUGAAUUUCUCUUUGGAUGGGAUUGGGAUUGGGAUUGUAGGGAGUGGAUUUGCAGGCCUUCAUCAUCAUCAACAAGAUCAGACAAGUGGUGGUGGGAAUAAUAAUGGGAGACUUUUGUUUCCAUUUGAGGAUUUGAAUCAGGUUUCUAACGCCGACGCAAUUGAUCAUCAGAGUAAUAGCAAGGUCCAUCAACAAGGGGAUUCAAGUGGAUAUUGGAGUGGGAUGUUAGGUGGAGGAUCAUGGUAAUAUUGAUUAUUCAACUAGGUUUCUGAUCUGGUUGAACAUCACAGAUAUUCUCCAACUAUAGGUAAUUCUGCUCCAGAUAGUUGAAGCAGAAUAAUUAUUUAUUAAUAUUUUUUUACCCGUUUGAAGUCUUUUUCUUGUGUUUUUUAUUUUUUUUCCAUCACCUUGGGUUUCUUCAUAACUGGCUAACAGCUGAUAGGAUCCAUAUCUCUCUCUCAUGUUAAUUUCUUAUAUAUGUAUGUAGCUCCUCUUAGUUCUCUUCAUCUAUCGUGAACAAGGUGGGAUAGAUCUCCAAAGAUGAAGCUUAUUUUAGGAAGGCUUCAAGUGCUAUGAAAAAAACAAGGUUAUAUUAUUAUUAUCA